CUGACUUCAUGAUCGAUGUGAUCGAGGAUCGACUCUCUCUCCUGACAGUUCGAAGUCUCGCGCCAAUCCUGUUUGCUUCCUUGUUGGUAGUUUUCUUACUUUACUGCCGCUGCGGUUAUUUGUUUGUUUGUUUGUCUGUCUGUUUGUUUGUUUAAUAUUUAUCCGACUGUCCCCCCUAAUGGACACUCAGUCCUACAUGCCUGUUGCCCCGGGGGUCGGGAUGGAGGAGAACUUUUUAUCCCUGGACGACAUUUUGCUGUCUCACGAGCGGCUGCCCUGCAGGACCGACACCGCUUUCCCUAAACUCGGGUUUCUGGAAAAAUCCGGCGACACACACGAUAUACCUGAGGGUACUAAGAUGGAGAUGCCUCUGUGGUUGGCGAAGGGUCUGUAUGAGAGGAAGAGGCGUGUGAUCUCAGUGGACUUGCCUAAAGUAUAUCGUGAGGGCUGGAGGACAGUGUUCAGCGCUGAUGCCAACGUGGUGGACCUUCACAAGAUGGGACCUUAUUUCUACGGCCUGGGCUCGCAAAUGCUGCACUUUGAGAACGCAGAGAACCCGGAAAUCGCUCAGUCUAUCCUACAGACAUUUAUUGGGCGUUUCCGUCGCACCAUGGAUUCAUCGCAGAAUGCCUACAAUGAGGACACAUCUGCACUUCUGGAGCGUCUGGACUGCCUGGAGAGGGCGCUGUUCAGAUCAGGUCAGAAUGGCCUUAACGCCUUCCAGCUGUGGGAGAGAGGCCGGGCGUCACAGCUCACUGCCUCCAGCCUCGUCACUAACUACCGUAAGAGGAAGAUCACUGAGCUGCAGUCCUGAGCAGUUGAGCUCGGAGCAGAUCAGAUCGUAACUAUAUAUAUAUAUGUAUGUGUGAGGUGAGAGGGAUGGACGGACAGACUAAGGAAGCCAGGAACAGAGACACUGAUCAAAGAUCAAGCAUGGAUAUUGUGUAUAUGUGUGAGAGAACUUUGUCUUUAAUGUACUUGUGAACUUUUAAUAAAGUAAAGUCUUUACUCUUUUGUAAGAAGGUC